AUGGUUAGCUCUACUAUGGAACAAUAUUUAUUGGAACCAGAUUCUGUUUUUCAAUGGAUUUGGGCAACACAGGUCCCUUCAAAUAUUAAGGCGUUUGUGUGGAGAGCUAUGCUGGGAAGGCUGCAAACUCGCGAUAAUUUGCUCAGGAGACAGAUACUCAGAGAUGUGGAUGAUGCUAAAUGUGCGUUCUGCAGAUUGGAGGUAGAAACUUGCUCACACUUGCUCUUUACGUGUUCUGAGUCAAUGGCUAUUUGGUAUGAAUGCUUUGCUUGGUUGGGGGUGUCUAUUGCUCAAGUUGCUGAUCCAAGGAUACACUUAUUGCAAUUUCCGGUGAUUGGAAUUAGUAAAUCUCAGAAGCUAGCAGAAACUGCAAUUUGGAUGGCCACUGUAUGGUCAAUUUGGUGUGUACGGAACAGGGUCAUUUUUAGUGGGGGGGGAGCUAGAUAA